AUUGUACCGUCAUACUCGUCCAUUGACGAGGACUGGUUUGAUUAUUGCAUGAAAACAAACUAAUUUUUCAAAACCCACUAUACAGGUAAUUCCGUGUAUUAUUUAAGUUCCGAAAAAGUCUGAAAAUUCAUUUGCUCCAAUUGUGAAUGGCUUAUUUCACCAGCUGAGAGCAACCGAGAGAGUGCAAGUCUGAAACUGUGUCGCUCCAAAAUUGAUUGAACCUAGUCAGGAUAAUCAAGAAAAAGUAAAAAUGCUAGGUGAACAUGGUAUAAAAGUAAAAAUUAUGUCAAAAAAAGGCUGUGAAACAAUGACUUUAAAUCCAGGUUGUUCGAUGAAACAAUUGAAACAAAAAUUGGCAGAGAUGGCGUGCAUUUAUGACCCGGACUCUAUUGUGAUUAGCAAAGGCUAUUUCAAGCCAAGAGAAACAGUGGACUUUAGUAAACCUGAAGCUAGGAUUUCUGAAUGUAAUAUCAUCUCUGGUGAUAUAUUUUAUGUUGCUGAAAAACCACCAGGAGAAAUACACCCCGAAGACGUUCCGCGAACAGAAGUUGUUAAUACAGAAACUUUGAGCGAAAAUCACGGCAUGCUCAUGAAAAAGGUUGUUCCAGGCGAUAAUUCGUGCCUCUUCACCAGCAUUGGUUUUGUUAUCAAUGGCAAAGUAGAUCCAGCAUGUGCAGACUAUAUGCGAAGUAUUGUAGCAAGUGCAGUAGCGCAAGAACCCGAUAAUUUUUCGGAAGCAAUUUUGGGUCGUCCAAACGCUGAAUAUUGUAAAUGGAUACAGCAGCCAGAUUCGUGGGGCGGGGCAAUAGAAUUAUCCGUUCUCUCGAAAUACUAUGGAAUGGAGAUCGUGGUCGUCGAUAGUAUAAAUGCCAUAAUCAACAGAUUCGGAGAGGAUCAUCAGUAUCCUCUAAGAGUUUUCCUAAUGUUCGAUGGAAUUCACUUCGAUCCUCUUUACUUGGAACGCGAGGGACAAGAUCAUCAGACAAUAUUCCAAGCUGAGGAUAGCAGAAUAUUGCAGCAGGCCUCUGAACUUGCGAAGGAAGCAAACUCUAGUCGGCAAUAUACUGAUGUUCAAAAAUUCACGCUCAAAUGCGAAGACUGUGGCGUAAUGCUCAGUGGACAAGUGGCUGCCACUCAUCAUGCCAAAGACACGGGUCAUACUAAUUUCGGAGAGGUAAUGCCUUAGCGUGAAAACGUUACGAAUAGAUAUAUGUUUUUACAAUAAGUCCCGAUUUCCCCGAACAUUGAAAAUUUUCUCAUAGUACUUUUGUACAAACUGUAGUUCUACAUACUUUGGAUAUAGACAAUGCUAAGAAUAAUAGAAUUUGAUUCGUCGAUUGGUAGAAUUAUGAUGGAGAUCAAUUUAUUAACUAGGAGAAUAAAUGGUUUAGAAUCUUCAAUUGGAUUUGAUGGAUUAGCUUUUAAAGAAAAUAGCACUUGAUUAUAAAAAAAAAAAAA